CACUUUAGGAUUCAAACCAGACGUAUUGGACUAGAGUCUUCCUACAUUGUCGUCACAACUGACUACGUCUAUUUAUUUUGCCUGGAUCUUUUACCUUCUGUGUAACCAGUGCACGUUGCUUCAAUACUCCCCGCAGAUCCUCACUGGCCGUUCCCACCCCCAUCUAUUGAACCGUAUUAUCAUCAACUCCUGUUACUUUUGCUGCUAUUAAACGUUACGUUGGCCAAGUUUUUGCUUCCCUUGCUGCUAGUUAUUUCUCGCUUCGGUUCUAUUUCAUCUCCCUUUAGCUAAACUACUCCUCCAAGGCCUUUUUUAAAAAAAAAUCCCAUGUCCGUUAGCUGGGACACGCUGUCAGAAUGCGACGCCCUACUCCCUGUCCAUUCCUCGCCUGGGGUCUCGCUUAAAGCCUCUGCUGGGCUCUCUGCCCUGCCCCGGGCUUCUUCCGAGGUCGAGGCCAAGCUCGGCACCUUCCCCGGUGUAUUCAUCCCCACCGCCCUCAACGUCCUCUCCAUCCUCAUGUUCCUCCGUUUCGGCUUCAUCAUCGGCCAGAUGGGGGUAGUAGGGACUCUUCUCCUCCUAGUCCUCUCGUACGCGAUCAACCUCCUCACAACCCUCUCUAUCUCGGCCAUCGCCACGAACGGAACUGUUCGUGGCGGUGGCGCGUACUACAUGAUCUCGCGCUCGCUCGGGGCCGAGUUCGGUGGCUCCAUCGGGAUUGUCUUCUACGUGGGCCAAGUGCUCAAUUCCGCCUUAAACGUCGUCGGUUUGAUCGAACCCAUCAUGGUCAACUUCAACUCCGUUUCCGGGGUCUUUGGGCAUGUACUCGAAGAGGGCUACUGGCAGACGUUCAUCUACGCCACAAUCAUGCUCGCUAUAUGCACCAUUGUUGCCUUAACCGGUGCCGGGCUUGUCUCUAAGGCCGGGACCUUCCUCUUCAUUGUGCUCUUCAUCUCGACCAUGUCUGUUCCCGUCUCCACGCUCUUCGUAAAGCCCUUCAGCGUUCCCGAGUAUGGCCUUACCUAUUCCGGCCCGUCAUGGGCGAACCUCCAGGCGAACCUCUUUCCGAAAUUCACCUCGGGUGCCGCAGGCUCGGUAAAGCCCCCAGGCGAGUUCGAAACGGUCCAAAGUCUCUUCGGGAUCUUUUUCCCCGCUACAGCCGGGAUCUUUGCCGGAGCAUCCAUGUCGGGCGACUUGCGGAAACCGUCAAAGUCUAUUCCUAAGGGGACUCUCUGGGGCCUUUUGCUCACCUUCUGUUGCUACGCGGUGGUCAUCGUCAGCGUCGGCGCGGCGGUGCCACGCGAGUUGCUCCACCGCGACGUCCAGGUGCUUCAGACGAUCAACCUAUCGGGGGUGAUUGUCAUUCUUGGCGAACUUUCCACCUCGCUCUUCUCGGUCAUCGUGGGGAUCGUUGGGGCGGCGUACGUGCUCCUUGCGAUCUCCCAGGACGCGAUUCUCCCCGGUUUGAGCUACUUUCGCCGCGGCCCCAGGACUUGUAUCCUCUUCACGUGGAUGCUCACGCAGCUCUGCCUCUUUGCAGACGUGAACCAGAUUGCAACGUUCAUCACGAUGGCAUUUUUGAUGACGUUUAUUGUUACAAACCUCGCGUGUUUCUUGUUAAAGAUAGCGUCCGCUCCGAACUUCCGCCCCAGCUUCAAGUACUUUAGCAGCAAGACGGCCUUCCUCGGCGGCUUACUCGCGGUUAUCGCCAUGUUCAUUGUCGAUGGUCUCUCCGCCUCUCUCGUCAUAGUUUUUCUCAGUUUUCUCUUCUUGCUCAUCCACUAUACGUGCCCGCCAAAACCCUGGGGCGAUGUUUCCCAAAGUCUAAUCUACCACCAGGUGAGAAAGUAUCUCCUCCGGCUCCGGCAGGACAACGUCAAAUACUGGCGGCCGCAGAUUCUCCUCUUGGUCGACGACCCCCGCACCUGCUGGAACCUCAUCCAGUUCUGCAACCACCUCAAGAAGGGGGGGCUUUAUAUUCUCGGGCAUGUGAUUGUCACUGACAAGUUCCAGGCGAACUACCGUGAGUUGAUGGCACAGAAGUCGGCCUGGGUAACGCUCCGUGAUGUUUCACGUAUCAAGGCGUUUGUGCAGAUCGGUUUGGGGCCGACGUUGCAGUGGGGCAUCCGGAACGUUUUUCUGGGCUCGGGCUUGGGGGGGAUGAAGCCAAACAUUGUGGUACUUGGGUUUUAUGACUUGGGUAACUACCACAGAAAGCGGGGAGUGACCGUGGAGGGGGUGUUUGAAAGUAGCGGUCUGGGAUACUAUGAGCAGAUGAAGCAUAUGACUCUGGAGAUCCCACAAGCCCAGGCGAGGCGUCCAGCUGGGGCUAAGUCUGCGUCCUCGCAGGGUUCGGCCGGGGCUGGCCCGCUCCCCACUGAUUCCUGUCGCCGCGAGAAACGAGUCUCCAUCAUGCAAUGGGUCCAGAUCGUGGAGGACCUCAUCGUCAUGGAGGCGAACGUCGCCGUCGCCAAGGGCUUCCCCAGGCUCCAGCUCCCCAAUGAUAGUGUUUCUCCAAGGUACAUCGACCUCUACCCCAUCCAGAUGUCCUCCAUUGAAACGCUCGACAACGGGCGGUCAAUCCUUUCCACCAACUUCGAUACCUAUACGCUCAUCUUGCAGCUCGGGGCGAUUCUCCACACGGUGCCCGAGUGGAAACGCACUCACACGCUCCGCAUCAUCGUCUUCGUAGAGUGGCUCGAGGAGGUGGCGGAGGAGAAGGUCAGGCUAGCAAACCUCCUUGAGAGCUUGCGGAUCAAGGCCGAGGUCAAGGUGCUCUGCUUCAACAGCGGCGAGUUUGGGGUCUACAACGUGAUUCUCAAGGGGGGGGUGGGACCGGAGUCUGUGCGUAUCAACCGUGUUCUUGCUGCCGAGGACUGGUGGGCCAAUCUCACUCGUGCGAGAAAGUACGUCGCCCAGCCCGGGGCCUCGAUGCGGGUUCCGGUAUUGGCCUUGGCCACGCACGCCGCGACCAAGUUCGCAGCCCCGAUUAAGGCCAAAAGGCGGUAUACGUUGUCAACGAUGCAAGACCGCGGGGCCAUGGCGUUUAGCAUGAAGACGAACAGUUUCAUCCCAAACCACGUAUUGGGCGCAUUUGACCCAGAUGAGGCAUACUACGAAGGCGGAUCGGAGGUUUCAUCGAUCUAUGAGCCAAAACGUAAUGCUUCCAAGAAACAAACAAAGAAAGAAGAUCUAAGCGUUUCGCCAAAAACUGAUCUGAAGUAUCUCCGUCCAAAUGCUAGUGCGGAUGUUCGAGACGCGGAUUCUCAUGCUCCCGGCACUUCCCAAAAGCGCUCCGGGUCGUUUUCUUCUGCUAGCUCCAGACCUGACCUCGAUUUUGCCUCCAAGUUGCGUAAGGCCUUAAAUCACCCAACGUCGCAGAAGGCCAGUCCACGCCCAUCCGGGGCAACCACUCCCCGCUUGAAGCCGAACUUCUCGUCGGUAAAAAUCCCCGAAGCGGCGAUCAACGAAGCGUCUGAGGGCUCCCAGCCGUCGAUCUACUUUGUCGAAGAGACAAAGAGCUACGGUGCUCUUGACAAAUCAAAGAGCGCCCUUAGAAACAUGCGCAACCCGUCUCACAUUUUCGAACUAGAUGACUCGGAUUCGUCUUCGGGCGAAGAAGACGUGCACACGCGGCGUGACGAGCUCCAGGAGGAGUUGGCAAUGCUCUCCUUCAACGACAUCCCCGCGCGCGGCCAGCAUUUGAUCUUGAACGACUUGAUGAAGCGGACGUCGGGAGACGCAGAUGUCAUCUUUUCGACAUUGCCCCCACCAGUCAUUGGCACGCACUUGGAUGAGGCGGCCGCGUUGGAGUACGUGGAAAAUAUCCAGAUCUGGUGCGAAGAUAUCCCACCGGUGAUGUUGGUGAAUGCCCAAACGGUGACGGUUACGACCGCGUUGUAGCUACGUAAAGACUAACUGCUCUG